GGAUCAAGUCGUUUUUAUUUUUUCGGUAAAUUUACGUGGACGCAUAUUAAAUAUAAUGUCGAUCGGCAAAGUGAGUGAAUUCAACGUCAAAACGGGAAACUGGACUUUAUAUGUUGAGAGACUAGAAAUGUACCUUAAGGUAAAUGCAGUGAAAAACGAAAUGUGGUUGCCGACAUUAAUCGCCGGUAUGGGAGACGAAGCGUACGAAUUAUUAAGUAAUUUAACAAGUCCGAUUAAACCGGGAGAUAAAUCGUAUCAAGAAGUGGUAAAAAUACUUCAGGAACAUCUUCAACCGAAACCCUCGUUCAUGGCGGAGCGAUAUCGUUUUCGACAAAGAAGACAGUUGAGCGGAGAAACGAUUCCGCAGUAUAUAACCGAACUUAAGAAAUUGUCGAAAUACUGCGAGUUUCAUUCAACUCUAGAGGACAAUUUAAGGGAUCAAUUGGUGUGUGGGCUAAGAAGUGAUGUCAUCCGUCAACGAUUAUUCGCAGAAGAUAAUCUGAAAUAUUCCGUAGCUGUGAGAAUAGCUUGCGCUUUAGAGGCGGCGGAGCGGGAUUCGGCCGCGGUGGAGCAGGCGGGCGACGGCGACGGGCUCGGCGGUAGCGGCGCGGACAGCGCCUUGCAUGCGGUGACGUCAUCGACAAGCCGCGCUCGAACGCGGGAGCAGGACAGCGCACCGAGGGCUUUUAAAGGUCGAGAACAUGGCGGCGGCAAUGCGCUAUAUUGUAGCGCGUGCGGGUCGAGGUACCACCGAAGUGAUGAUUGCCGCUAUAAGAAAUUCGUGUGUGGUAAAUGCAAACAGAGCGGUCAUCUACGCCGGGUAUGUCCCAAACGAGGGGGGUACACGGGAAAUGCGGGCUCCCGACGCCACAUGUACCAUGUGGAGGCGGCAGAGUGCGAGACACCGUCAGCGGACGACGAGCCACCAUCCGUGGAAAGUCAAACGGAGUUACAGGAGGAUCUACACCAUCUAUGUUUAAAUAGCUAUAAACCGGUGAGCCUAACAUUAUUAUUAGACGGAUUUAAACUUAAUAUGGAAAUUGAUACCGGGUCGGCAGUGUCUUGUAUAAGUAAAGCGACUUAUAAUAAAUAUUUUUACACUAGACCUAUGGACAAGUUCGAUCUGGUUCUAAAAUUUUAUGAUGGAAGUCGAAUCAAACCUUUAGGCAUCAUCAAGCCCGAAGUUAGAUAUGGAAAUAUAACAAAGCACUUAGAACUGUUUGUAAUAGAUGGGGGCACGACUUCAUUGUUGGGUAGACAGUGGCUGUCGGAACUGCAGAUUAAAAUUCCGACAUUCCACAGCAUGGUGCUGGAUGACCAUUUUAGUAACAAUAAUUUGUCAUUAUUACUCGACAGAUAUAACAAGUUGUUUUCCGGCGGCUUGGGGCGGUUCGCGGGCGGCAAGGCGACGCUGCGAGUCCGGGAAGGGGCGACACCGGUGUUCUGCCGCGCACGACCUUUGCCCUACGCGCUCAAGGACCGCGUGGAUGCUGAGCUGGAUGCGAUGCUUCGGGAGGGGGUUAUUGAACCCGUGGAGAGCUCUGACUGGGCUACACCUCUGGUUCCGGUACGUAAGGCGGAUGGAGGGCUCCGAAUUUGUGCAGACUAUAAAGUGACAUUGAACCCCGUAUUGCUGGUCGAUAGAUUUCCCUUGCCUAGGAUUAAUGAUUUGUUAGUAGGUAUGAAUGGCGCUAAAAUAUUCUCUAAAAUCGAUCUGUCACAAGCCUACAAUCAGAUCGAACUAGAUAACUCUAAAAACCUUACCGUUAUAAAUACACAUAGGGGCUUAUUUACGUAUAACAGGCUAGUAUAUGGGUUGUCAUCAAGUCCAGGAAUUUUCCAGCGUAUAAUGUCAAAUCUUUUUCACGAUAUCGAAAAGGUAGAAGUAUUUUUAGACGAUUUAAUAAUAGGUUCUUCUAAUGAAAGAGAGCAUUUACAAAUAUUGGAGACGGUGCUUAGUAGAUUACAUAAAAACGGAAUGAAGCUUAGGAAAGACAAAUGUUUAUUCAUGGUGGACGAGGUCAAGUAUUUAGGAUAUAUUAUUUCAAAAGAUGGCAUUAAAGUUGAUCCUGACAAGGUAGCUGCUAUAGUAAAAAUUCCGCGCCCCAAGGACGUUUCGGACUUAAGAUCAUUUUUAGGAUUAGUCAAUUUUUACGCUAAGUUCAUUAAAAAUUUAAGUACUACCUUAGCCCCACUUUACGGCUUAUUAAAAAAGGGUGUUACUUGGGACUGGGACAGAAGUUGCGAGGACUCUUUUAAAAAAAUUAAAAAGGUCUUAACCAGUGCGGAAGUAUUAUUGCAUUACGAUCAAAACAAACCGUUAAUACUGACGUGUGACGCGAGCGCUCGAGGUAUAGGAGGCGUGCUCACUCAGCCGUGCGCCGGCGCAGCGGGAAGCGAGCGGCCGGUGGUCUAUGUGUCGAGAGCUCUCAGCGACGCGGAGAAACAUUAUUCACAAAUUGAUCGCGAGGCUUUAGCAAUUGUUUUUUGCUUAAAAAAAUUGCAUCAAUACCUGUAUGGUCGACGGUUCACCUUACGUACUGAUCACAAGCCGCUUGUCAGUAUUUUUGGCCCAAAACAUGGCAUUCCUUUAAUGGCUGCGAGCCGAUUGCAGCGUUGGGCGAUUACGGUAUCCGCUUACUCUUAUGACAUAGAGUACGUUAGUAGUAAACAGAACUGUGCGGAUGGCUUAUCUCGUCUACCGGUAUCGGUUCAAUCCACAAAGAAAGAAUGUUUAGAUUUACCUGAACAAACGUAUUUACAUUUCGCUCAAAGUGAAAUGUUACUAGAUUAUAAUGAAAUUAAAAAACAAACCCAGCGCGAUCCGAUUUUAGGUAGAAUUAUACUAUACUUAAGAGAAGAUUGGCCCAUCGAUAAUGUGGUCAAAUCAUUGCAACCGUAUUUUAACCGAAAAAAGGAACUAUACGAAGAACUAGGGUGUAUCAUGUGGGGUCAUAGAGUAGUCAUACCGGAGAAUUGCAGGGGUAGGGUGUUAAACGAACUCCACGAAUGCCACAUGGGAAUCGUCAAAACGAAGGCGGUAGCUAGAAGCUAUGUGUGGUGGCCGGGGAUCGAUGAGGCAAUCGAAACGAUGUGUCGAGCGUGCGUCGUGUGUGCGGCCGAGGCGGACGCGCCCCAACGGCACACUCCAAGCCCGUGGCCAUGGCCGGCUAAGCCUUGGUCUCGUAUACACAUAGAUUUUUUAGGGCCAAUUUUCAAUAAAAUUUACUUGGUAAUAAUUGAUGCCAGAACUAAAUGGCUAGAGGUUUUUUAUGUACCGAGUACAGCAGCUAGCCACACUAUAGUUAAACUUUCCGAAGUUUUUGCUAGGUGGGGUCUACCUAAACAAUUAGUAUCAGACAAUGGGCCGCCAUUUAUCAGUAAGGAAUUUUCUCAGUUUUUAACAAAUAAUGGGAUACAGCAUGUUUUCACCGCACCGUACCACCCGGCUUCAAACGGUGCCGCGGAAAACGCAGUCCGCACUGUCAAGAAAGUUAUUAAAAAGGCAGUGAGGGAAAAUAAAGAUAUAAAUUUAUUUUUAAACACUUUCCUAUUGCAUUAUCAAAAUACCGAACAUUGUACUACGGGCGAAAGUCCCGCUUCUCUCAUGUUAGGAAGAAGAUUACGUACUAAACUAGACGUACUUAGACCGGAUAUUGAGAAUAAAAUUAUUAAAACUCAAAUAAACCAGAAAGAGAACGCUCCCACUGGUGAACGUGGCCUGCAGCCGGGUGAGGAUGUAUGGCUUCGCCGAUAUCAGGGGAGUGACAAGUGGACAGCCGGACAAGUGACGCAACGUUUGGGCGUAACGGACUACAAAGUUUUAGACACUAUAGGUAAGGAGUCACAUAAGCAUAUAGACCAGCUAAAACGUAGAAUUAGGAGUUCACUGAUUUGUCCCCGUAGUAGUAAUAGUCAGCCAAAUUCGAGUUCCGAGUCGUUGUCUUGCACCGGUGCAGAGGAAAUUAAUGCGCCUAGAAUAAACCCUGCCGUAAAAGACACCGGGAGGAAAUCAAAAGCACCGGAGGGAACCGAAAUAAUAGAUAAGAGUGAUUGCUUAGAUACGGCAAGGGAAACGUCAACACUUCGUGCUCCAUCAGCUCAUACGUCGCCUGUGCCGCCCGCAACGCCGCCCCAGGUCUUUCGGCCGGUACGCAAGUGCCGUUUGGAUAACCCCCCAAGCUAUAAAGAGUAGUUACCAUUGCACUAUAUUAUUUUUAUAUACCUUUUUUUUUUUUUUAAAUAUUUUCAAGAUUUUUUUUUUCCUUUUCUGUAUAACAGUAUAGUAUAAAAUACUUAUAUAUAACUAAUUGUAAGUCUUAAUUAAGGGGGAGGAUUGUAAUGAGGGUACAUUAAAUAUAUAAGUGAUUGAUUGUAAAAGGCUUGUCGAACAGUCACGAAUAAACCGUCAAUCCGCU